GCAAACAUUUACUCACCGAACCAAUCUAGUAAAUAAUAUUAAGAAAUACUGUCAAUAAAAUAGAAACCCAUUAUUAUACAAGUCAAUAGUACAGAAAUGCAGAAUAAUUGAAUGCAGAUAUUAUACUCCUAUCUUUCUCAAACAUAGGGCUCUCCAUAAACGUUGCCUUAUAAACCCAGUUAGGUCCAGUGCAGAAAUAAUUACAUAAAAGUCAGGUUUGAGGGUUCUUGUGCAAGAAUUGCGGCAGCCGCGUCGCGUCAGUCCACGAACGCGCCCGCGCACUGCCGCCGCGCCGCGAGCGCUCCGCACCUUGUGCGCUUACCUUGCACCCUCUACCGUACACUCUGUAACAAAAACCUUAAAUAAAAAACAAAUCUAUAAGUUAAAAAACAUGGGCAUUCUCCAAUCCAAUUCCCAUACUCGCGAUAUAUGAUAUCAUCCCGAUAAGGGCUGAGCAUAGUUUAGCUUCAUUUCAGUUGCGAAAUUGUGUUAUCUCGGAUAACUUAUCUCAAACUCUUGGACUCUCACCGUCUGACAGAGCAACAAAAUAUCGAUUCAAACAUGGUGUUGUGACAAAGUGAAAAAUGGUUAAAUAUUUUAGGAAGACCGUAUCCCUGUCGGAUUUGUGGGUGUCGUCCCACGAGCGUCUGAGUGAUUUCUACGCGUCGUCAUGGCAACGCGGAGAUUCGCCGAUGCCACUGCUGGUGGUGCGGAUGGUGGUGGCGAUAUUGGCGCUGGCUAUCCUGGCGUGGUCGGUGUACGAAGCGCCAUCUCCGUACUGGCUGAUAUACCUGACCAAUUGGGGAUUGGUGCUGGUUUCCGCGAUGGCUGUCAGCGGGGUCAUUGUGUCUUUGAAUGCCGCGAAGAAGGCGCUACCAGUAUUUGCUUCCAUUUCAGAGGAAGGUGUACCGCCGUGGCACGUGUCGAUGUACUGGGUGUUCUACAACAUAGCUGGCACUAUAGCCAUAGUCAUCACUCUGCUGUAUUGGAUACUACUGUUUGAUUCAAGUUCCGUCGAGGUAGAAGACCGAAUGUUCUGGCUGGAGACGGUAACGCACGGGUUCAACACUGUCCUAGUCCUGGUCGAAUUGUUCGCCUCUCGCACGCCGCUCCGCUUCGCACACAUCUACCAGCCGCUCGGCGUCGGCCUGUGGUACGCCGUGUUUUCUGUCAUAUACUACUUCGCCGGAGGCACUGAUGGGGAAGGGAACCCGUUUAUCUACGCAAUCCUGGAUUGGAGUCGUCCAGGCCCUACGACCGCACUGGUGGUGGGGGCUAUAGUGGGGCUGAUCCUCGUGUAUUCGAUACUGUGGGGUUUCACCGUAGCUCGAGACAAGCUGACUGGAUCGCUCAUCCGAACUACCAGCCAUACCUUGCCGUUUACACCACCGGAUUACGUGAAUGGAUUUGUCUGAGCUAUUGGAUUUUUGCCUUCGGAGAGAAUGACUUAUUAAGCUAAUAAGAUGAUAAAGAUUAUUUAUGAUAAAGAUUAUCUAUGAUAAAGAGUCUAGGGUACCUAGCCAGCUCACUCUAUAGCUCUUCUGUAUUGGUGCGACAGAACCAGACUGCGUUUCGAUGGCCACGUAUCGUCAACUAUUGUCACUUCGGCUAGGCCGGAAACUGUGAAUCUUACGCUGGUCAAUCAUAUCUACGUCUAUAAAAUUAGGAGUUACCUAAUCUUUGCAUAGGCAUGGCUUUCAUAAUCUUAAUUAACUUACCUUUUUGUAUGACUUUACGCGAUUGCGUGCGUAUCUCGGUUAUCAAUACAGUGAAAAAAGCAGAAGAGGUAGAUAUAUUUUUGAUAGAAACGUGGAUAUUUAUGCCUAUCCUCGAAGUUAAUGGAGCAAUAUCUAAUGACAAAAUGAGCGGGCAAGACAUAACGCCGGUAUUUCACAUCGAGACGGUAGUGGUGAAACAUAUGUCGAUGCUGAGGACGGUGAUUAUUAUUGCGAAAGAAAUAUCUACAUCAACAAUAUGUUACUUCAGUCUGUAAAAUUUGCCUGUAAAAUCAGGCAUUAUACACCGUGUUUCACUUAACACUAAAAACCUGAAAACCGUUUGUUCAGAAUCGAGAGUAGAAUCGAUUGAGCUAUAUCUUGAUGGGGGUAAUAUUUUUAUUUAAAUUAGUAUUAUUUGUUA